UACGUCGCUGUUCGGAGCUCAUUCACUUUAGGUUAGGAUCCCGUUGGAGCAAACGGCGGAAAAACGGCUCUAUUUAACGGGGAAAACAACGCGAAAUCACCCGGAUUCCCCCCGGAAACAACACCCGGGACCUGUAAACCUGCUCUGGACAUCAGAUAAGAGGCAUAUGGAUUUUUUUAAGGCGAACUGAUUGAUCUUGGACUGCGUGUUUUGGAAACACACACACACACACACACACACACACACACACACACACACACACACACACACACACACACACACACACACACACACACACACACACACACACACAGCUCAUUUUUUACCCGGGACUUUUUCUUUUUAACCAACUUUAUAUAAAAACUACAUUGUCAGACAUUGUCCAUACAGUGUCAAAUGUUGGCUUGCUACCUGUGGAGUGAUGACGUUUCUGUAGACGGUGUUUUUUACUUCAGAAUAAACCACUUUAUUGACUUACCCAGUUUUGCAUGCCUCUAGGUACGGGCUGCAUCACCACACUGCGUAUCACUCCGCUCCGACACAUCAGUCACCGCUUAAACAGUGAAUGUGCGCGGCACUACUGCGUAUCCUCCCGCGCCGACACAUCAGAAGCCUCUUAACCGUGUAUGUGCGGCACUAUUUUCUGCACAGUGUGUGUGUUAUCCAGGCAUGAUGUGGUGUUUCCUCGGACGUGUAUCAAGUUGGCCGGCGGGUAGCAUCGGCUGACUGAAGCUUGGAUCUAUAUUUUUCGUCCUGGAUGUUUGUUUUCUAGUUUUUCCACUGCUGCUGAUUUUGGCUUUUUCUUUUUUUUAAAGGAGGACUUUGCCCUUUUGGGUGCUUGUAACUCAACCCCCCCAUUUGUUAAAUAAAUACAAAAAGCUUCCCUUGCUUUUUCCUUCUGUUGGGAGUAUUUCAAAAACUUUGCCUUGGAAGUUUUUUCUUUCUGGAAGUUGAGAAAAGUUUGAGGAUUUUUCCGAGCCUGUGGAAAAAUGGAUGCGGGAAUAGAGAAGGAAUGCAGCGCCUUGGGAGGGCUCUUCCAGCUCAUCAUGAACGACAUGAAGGCCAGCUAUCCAACAUGGGAGGACUUUGUAAGCAAAGGAGCCAAACUACAGUCACAGCUCAGGACGACUAUCGUGGUGACCGGAGCUUUCCUGGACGCUUUUCAGAAGGUUGCAGACAUGGCGACCGGGACCAGAGGUGCCACCAAGGAAAUCGGCUCGGCGCUGACCAGGAUGUGCAUGAGACACCGAAGCAUCGAGUCCAAACUCAAGCUGUUCACCACAGCGCUCUCAGAGGGCCUGGUCUCUCCGCUGGAGCUGAAGAUGGAGGAGUGGAAGAAGGUGGCCAGUCAGCUGGACAAAGACCAUGCUAAAGAGUACAAGAAGGCCAGAGCGGACAUCAAGAAGAAGUCGUCGGACACCAUCAAGCUGCAGAAGAAGGUGAAGAAAGGGAAGGGCGAGGUGCGCAUGCAGCUGGACAGCGCUCUGCAGGACGUGAACGUUCGCUACGCCGUGCUGGAGGACACGGAGAAGCGGGCAGUGUGCAGAGCGCUGAUCGAGGAGCGCUCCAGAUACUGCAGCUUCGUGGGCAUGCUGAAGCCCGUGCUGGACCAUGAGAUCAACAUGCUGGGGGAGGUGACUCACCUGCAGACUAUUCUGGAAGAUCUGAGCAACCUGACAGCUGAACCCAAUAAGCUCCCAGCAGCCAGCGAGCAGGUGAUUCUGGACCUGAAAGGCUCUGAUUUUAACUACAGCUAUCAGACUCCUCCAGCUUCUCCCAGCAACACGCUGUCCAGGAAGAGCAGCAUCAGCAGUAACUACCAGUCUGGAUCAGUGAGACAUGUUCCCUCCCUGGACUCCAUCAGCUGUGCCGUGGAUGGAGUACACAUCCAGGACUCAAUCGGCUCGACCAAUCAGCUCGCUGCCAUGGGGAGCGGCGGGGCAGAGAACGGCCUGCUGGCCCCCCCACAAAACGCAUACACACAUCACGGAGAGAGAGCCAGAGCCAUGUCUGCAUCUGGGAAGUCUUGCUCGGCCCGGGACCAGCUGGCGUUGACGCUGGGCGCGUUGAAUUCGGACGCCCAGAGGAGCAGCAGGGACUCUCUCCACUGCUCCAGCGGCUACAGCACCCAGACCACCACCCCCUCCUGCUCCGAGGACACCAUACACACACACACUGUAAGGAGAGAUCCUCCUAUCUAUGUCGACUAUGAGUCCGUCUCCCUCCACGGGGACUCCGACUCCCUCUCCCUGCACCACCUCUCCCUGGGACCCGGCCAGUCGGACUUCGACAAGUCCUCCACCAUCCCGAGGAACUCCGACCUCAGCUUCCAGUACCGGAAGUUCGCCCAGUCCAAACGUCCCGCCUCCACCGUCAGCCUAUUGGCCGAGCCCGAGCUGACGAGCCGCUCCGGACGCCACCAGAUGCCGCCCCCCCACACCGCCACCAUCCGCCGGAAGCCCUCGUCCAAACCGGCGUACCGCAGGGGUACCAUCAGCGGGGGGGUGCCUAUCCCCAUCUGCACCCCCCAGGUUCCCGUCAGGGCGGGGAACGGCAGCGAGGAGCACAUCUACUCCUCCACCACAGGAGGGGGGGGCGGGUUGGGUUACAGCAAACUGUGCACCUCCACCCAGAGCCUCUGCGCCCUCCCCCCCUCACACUCCUCCUCCCCCUACUACCAGCUGGUGCCAGGCCAGAUGCCCAUCCCGGUGCCGGUCCCCACCGUGCCACCAGAGGGCAGCAGCGCCAAACUGUACCAGCAGCACGGCAACCAGCACGGCAACCAGCUGAGUAACUACCAGCAGCUACAGAUCCAACGUCAACAACAACAACAACAACAACAACAGCAGCAACUACAGAUCCAACAUCAACAACAGCAGCAGCAACUACAGAUCCAACAACAACAACAACAACAGCAACUACAACAACAGCAGCAUCACCCGGACUUGAACCUGCAGCACAGACAGCAGCUGCAGAUCCAGCAACAAGUUCAGGACCAACAGAACCACCAUCAGCGACAACAACAACAACAACAACCACAGAUCCCACAGCAGCAGUACAACCCGCAACAACAACAGCAAUACAACCAACAGCAGGUCCUCCAGCCGCCUCCCCCCGCCCUGGUCUCGCACCCCCAGGACGAGGCCUCCUCUCUGGGCCUCCCCGCCCCCUACCAGCCCCAUGAUCCUCCGCCCCCCUCCAGCCCAGAGCCGCUGCCGCCACCGCCACCCCUGGAGGAAGGGGGGGGCAACAUGCUGAGACAGAUCCGGAGCGUGAAGCUCAGACGGACCCUCACCGAUGACCGCUCCGCCCCCCUCCUGCCGCCCCCGGCCAAUCACAAAUGAGUUUGUUUUUUAAGAACUCAUCGCUGGAACUCCUGAACGUGUGUCUUAUUUUAUUUUCUAAAGACCCACUUCUUUCUCUCUUUUUUUAGACUCGAUCGUUAUUGACUGUUUGUUUGUUUACAUAAAGUUGAUUCAGUGACUUCCUGCUCUUCAGUUAGCCGGACAGGAAGUAGAUCCUCUUCAGUCCUGGGUGCGUUGGAUUUACCUCUUUUUGGGGUUUAGUCAUAAGUCCUGUAUCUCCACAGUGUCCCGUGGUUGAGCCACGUUGUGUGUGUGUGUGUGGGCGCGUGUGUGUGUGUGUGUUUCCCGCUCAUCUCAAAGAGUCAGGCGCUCGCUUCGUUCGCUCUGAAAUAAAAACUGGAGUUUGUAAAUAUUUUUAGAUCAAAAUCUUCUGCGUUGGGUUCCUCUCCUUAAAGGAUUUAUUUUAAAAGUCAAAAUGAUCGUUUUUUGAGGAUUGUCACUCCUCUAACAGGGUAGUGUUGCACGUCAGACAAUAUCAACUCUACGUAUUGCUCUCUUUUAAUUAUCAUCAUUCACUCCAUCAUGACAUUUUUACGCAGGAAACAAAUUUCAAAAUCUGAAGACUUUCCACCAAAACGACAAAGCUAGAAAUAUAGAAAACACCAAAAAGAGAAAUGAUAAUGCAUCCAUUAAACGGGGUGAAUAAAAUGUUGGGACUUGACCUUAAAUAAUCUGAAACCCUCUCUCAAUGAACAGGGUUGCUGGAGUGUGUAAAUGCAGCUGAGUUUGUGUUCACUCUUUAUUUACCCGCAGGAGAGUUUGCCUCGGCUCGAGUAACUGAGGUCAUGUUUUCCAAGCGAGUUUCCAUUUCAAUGACCUGUUUUAGAAGUUCAAACCAGCGUUUUCACAAUAAAUAAACUUGUGUUCCUGCAGGUGAACGGAGGGUUCGAUGCAUCUACUCUAAAAGGGCAGUGUUCCAUCAUUAGAGAAUAAACACCUCUGCUUUACGUCUGUUUUUAGCAGGAAACCAAUUUCAAAAUCUGAAGAUUUCCCACCAAAACGACAAAGCUAGAAACAUAAAAACACCGUAGAGAUAAAGGGUAAUGCAACAUGCAACAUUUAAAUCCCAUUCAAUAACCUCUAAUGUCCUUCUGCUUCUACAGACACGGCUGUUUUUUAACGACCAAAAUAAGACAUUUUUACGCCGGACACCAAUUUCAAAACAAAGGUUUUUCCAGCACAAUUACAAAGACAGAAAUACAGAAAAAUGAUAAUGCAGCGAUCAAACGACUUCAACGCCUGAAAUACUCAACCAAUGCUGGACUUUGAGUGUUAACGUUCAGCUGAGUGUGUGAUCACUUUUUUAAUGAGCCUGUAUUUAUCCGCAGUAGUUUGUCUGGGCUCCAGGAGCUGGCUCUGUUGGAUCCUUUUCCGAGCUGUGUAAGAUUCAUUUAACCGGCGUGUCCUGCAGGUAGACGGGGGGUUUUGCUGCAGCUCCUCCAACAUGGCAGUGUUUCCAUCAGUAGACAACAAACACCUCUAAUUGGACGCCUCUUCUAUACUAUUAUCAAAACAACACUGAAGAUCAUUUCAUAAAUCUCUUAUUUGUUAUUGAACACAGUGACCCGACUCAGAUUCUCUCAAAUGUUCCUGGAGUUUGUCUCGUUCUAAUCCUUUAUUUGGAUGAACGUAAGGAAGCUGUCCCUUAUUUUCCAGAAGAAAAAACACAGUUCAAUCAAAGCAUCUUCAAAUGAUCCCUGACUCCCGAAUAAUACCCGCUGUGGUGCCUCUCAGAGCGUGCUGGGGAUCAGAGCUGCUAGUGCUACUCAUUAAUGCAGCUGAUUGGCUCCUGAAAUUCAAAAGGAAGCGCCCUAUAGACGUCCAAAGAUGUCCAGAGGACAAUCAGUAAAACUACAUGAAGUUUUUCCUUCAGAAAUGUCUUGAAUAAAUAUGAUCAGAUUUACAAAAUGCUGCUUUCUGUUUACUGUUUCAGCUUUACGUUUCACAUUCAGGUUGUUUUCACUCCUGUUUCUGAUGUGUUUUCAGACGUGGGAAAAACCAAAGAAUAAAUGAACUACAAAUCAUCCAAACCAUUCAGAUCCAUCACAGUGCACCAGUUAAAUAUAAUGGUGGGACUUCCUUAAAUACUGGGAGCUCAUUCAAAUCCAAAUCUCUGCUACAGCUCAAAGUUACAGACCAGUUGCAUUCUGGGAAAUGUAGUUAUUAGAGAUUUCUUGCAGGUGAAAUUGAUUGUUUGGCCCAAAAAGCUGUGUGUGUGUGUGUGUGUGUGUGUGUGUGUGUGUGUGUGUGUGUGUGUGUGUGUGUGUGUGUGUGUGUGUGUGUGUGUGUGUGUGUGUGUGUGUGUGUGUGUGUGUGUGUGUGUGUGUGUGUGUGUGUGUGUGUGUUCGCUUCUAUUCCUUAGAGAGAUCUAAAUCUAUAUAUAAAAAUGUACGUUUGAAUAUCCUGAUUGUAUUUUUGUUGAUUUAUUGAUCAGACGAUGUGACGUGUAGGUCGCCAUAUUUUUGUAUAAAAGCUUUAUCGGGGUGGGGGGGGACCUCCUGGUGUCUGAGGAUCUGUCGCCUGAUUGGACGUUACCUUCCUUAUGUCUGAGGAUCUGUCGCCUGAUUGGACGUUACCUUCCUUAUGUCUGAGGAUCUGUCGCCUGAUUGGACGUGAAGUUCAUAUUUUUUUGAGGACCUGACGUCUGAUUGGACUAGAACCUCCUGUUUUUGAGGAUCUGACGCCUGAUUGGACUAAAUGGCGACCGGAACCAACAGAAUGUAAAGAUGUUUUCUCUUCUCUUGACGUCGCUGUGGGAUCAAUGACAAUAAUAAUAAUAGUAAUUGAUUCAUGAA